CGUAUUUCUUCCUCCCACUUUCUCUGAGCCAUUAAACACGCCCCUCGACACGCCCCCUGUACUGUAAUUGGUCAGAGGUCGCUAGGCGGGUUAAAUGUGACGCGUCAAAAAAUGUGAAAGCAGAGUGCGCGUGCACACAGAGCAGAGAUGACCGUCAACACACCGAGAGGAGAGCAGCGCGUGCACAUGGCCUGUUUCACCAAGAUGGAGAGGGUGAUUGUGUCCAUGCAGGAUCCAGAUAUGGGAAUGAAGAUGAGAAACCAGAGACUGCUGAUUACCCUCAUACCUCAUACCAUGACUGGCAGUGAUGUUGUUGAAUGGCUGAUAAAAAAAUAUAACAUCACUGAAGAAGAGGCUUUACACAUUGGAAACCUCUUGGUGAAGUACGGAUAUAUUUACCCUUUAAAGGAGCCUCGGAACCUGUGUUUGAGGCAGGACGAGUCACCUUACCGAUUUCAGACUCCGUAUUACUGGACGUCGAGUCUCUGGCCUGCCACAGAACUGGACUACGCUAUUUAUUUGGCCAAGAAGAACAUUCGCAAACAGGGAGAACUGAUAGAGUACGAAAAGGAGUGUUAUAAUACCCUGCAUAAGAGAAUCAAUCACACCUGGGACUUUGUGGUGAUGCAGGCGAGAGAGCAGCUCAGGGCAUCAAAACACCGCCGCAAAUCUGACCGCAUUGUACUGGAGUGUCAGGAGCAGGUGUACUGGCUGGUCAACAGACCUCCUCCAGGUACUUUGGACAUUUUGGAGUUUGGUCCUGAGAGACGGAACAUCACAAACACUCGAGUGCAGCUGAAUACAGAAUUCUACAGGAGAGAGAUUGUGCAAAUCAAGAACAACCUGGAAAGAAGGAAUCGAGUGAAGUCCUCUGUUUGUCUGGAAAGCUUUGUUAAGUAUAGUGCUCAGUACCUGAACCAUGACCCCAUAAUGCAUGGCUGCCUUCCCAGCAACCCCUGGAUCACAGACGACACCAUGUUGUGGAAUAUCAGCUCAGACAUGGUUGCCAUGCCGACAAAACUUCGUGUGGAACGUUGGAGCUUUAGCUUCAUGGAGCUGCUGAAUGACCCGAUGGGCAGAAAAGAGUUCCUCACUUACCUGGAGAAAGAAUUCAGUGCGGAGAACCUGUGUUUUUGGCAGGCGUGUGAGGACAUGCGACACGGAGAGACCUCCAAAAUCCCAGAGAAAGUGGAUGAGAUUUACAAGCAGUACCUCGCUCCUGGAGCCACACAGUCAGUCAACAUCGAUGGAAAGACAAUGGCCAUCACUCUGGAGGGAAUGAAGAACCCAGAUCGCUUCGUGUUUGACAGUGCACAGACACACAUCUACGUCCUCAUGAAGAAGGAUUCAUACACUCGCUAUCUAAAGUCUGAAGAGUACAAAAGCUUGUUAGCCAAAACUGUAGUACCACAGGAAACAAAGAAGAGUGUAUUCCCAUGUAUGCGUCGUCAGCGAAAUUCCAGCUUUGCUCCAGCUCUGAUACAAACAGAGGAUGAAAAUGGAAAAACCAACAUAGGAACUGCUUCAUAGAUUUAAUCACUCACACACACACACACACACACACACACACACACACACACACACACACACAGAGGCUAUAUUAUAAUAUACACAAUAUUUACUAAUGUAGAUGCCUGUAAAAGUCACAUCAUAUCUACUUUAUUCUGAUUAAAAUAUUUCAUGAUAAGAAUUAAAACACAUGAAUCUGUUCUGUUUAAGUAAUAAAACGACUUCAGCUGCCUCCAGUCUUAUUAAAGAGGCUUUUACAAUCACGCUCAGGUUAAACAUGCUCACUUACAGAUCCUGCUUUUCUCCUCUCUGAACCUUCUCCUGCUGAAUCUCAGGGUAAAGCACCAUCACAUUUCUCCUCUCAUUUCCUGCUUAAUGUUCUGUCCUGUUUAUGAACUAUUCAGAUGUGUGAAGACAAGCAGAAACACAAUAAAGACUUUCUGACCCUGAGUGCAGUCGUGUUUAUAUGAACACCAUCACGUCGUUUAUUUAUGUGUCAUAGCGAGAGUUUCUAUGGAGAACGAGUCCGAGCUGAUGUUCACUGUAGCAGCUGUGGAUCCAGACACCAGAGGAGAUCCUGGCAGACGCUCUGAUGAGAGCUGCGGCAGGUUUAAACACCUACGGGGUUCACAUCCAAAUACCACAAAACAUCUGAAAAAUCCUUGAAAAAACUUUGACAUAAUCGAGUAAUCACUUUAUUAGGACUGAUCAGAGUUUAUUAAAAUCCUUACAAAGUAAAUUUAAUACUAAAACAAUUUGUCGGUUAAUAAAACAUUCCUCAUUCAGAUUUAUUAAUAAUAAUCAUGUUCACCUCAUUGUAGAACCCAUAUUCUCUUAUUAGUUAUUAUUUAAUCAUCACAUGCAUACUGAUUUUAAUGCUUAACUAGUGUGUACACACACACACACACACACACACACACACACACACACACACACACACACACACACAC